UGCGCACGACAGCGUGCGCCCUGCUGCCGCCUGGCACCAGCAGCGGUCCGGUCUGGAGGUGGACAUGCAAAUAGUUUUACAAGGAUGGGAAGUCGAGAGGAGGAGGAGGGUUUUGUUGUGGGCUGAGGGGCGGAAGGAAAUCUAGGCUUAGCGAGGGAAAUGUGAGAUUGCUUGGUUGGGGACAGGGCUUCGGCCGUUCCUCUCGGGAGGCUCUGCUAUUGUGGCCGUUAAAAAUAGGCUUUGGACUGGUUACUCUUCUGCGGGAAGCUCCCUGGCUGGAGACGGGCAGCCUGCCGGCAGGUGGAAUGGGGCAGCCAUGAACGGCGAUGCCCUGUGCCAGGAGCCCUCCUCCCCGCUCCCCGACUGGAGGGAGUUCUGUGAGCUGCAUGCCCAGGCAGCCGCUGUCGACUUCGCCCAGAAGUUCUGCCAGUUCCUGAAGGAGAACCCUCACUACGACACCCCCGGGGCAGAGACCUCCUUCUCCCACCAUUUCGCUGCCAACUUCUUGGACAUCUUCAGCCUGGAGGUCAGCCGGGUGUUCGUGUCCGACUCCCCCACCAAAUACAACAUUGUGCCCUUUGUGGGGCUGCAGAACUGCCACGUCCCCUACGGGCGUGAGGUCACCCCAAGGAAGGAGGAGACAUCCACAGAGUCCCUGGACAGCAUGGACACCCCGCUGGGUGCUGGACGGUACCUGAGCCCGGCGCAGCAGGCGCAGGCACGCAAGGUGUCCUCCUAUGGCCAGUCCCGCAGCUCGGAGGACGUCUCCAUCCAUGCUGCCACCAAGCCCAAGUUCAAGAAAGGUUUCUCCUUAAGGAACAUGAGCUUGUGCGUGGUGGAUGGUAUGAAGGAGAUGUGGCAUCGCAAGUCCUCUCCGGAGCCGGGUGCCGAGGCUGCCCCAGGUGGCCGGAAAGCUGAGAGGGAGCCAUGGCCGGCCGGGGGCAAGGAGCCCAGCGACCCGCGGGAGAAAUGGACCCACAAGCUGCGCCUGUCCAAGGUGCCCUCCUCCAAGGUGGAGCUGGUGGACAUCCAGAGGGAGGGGACGCUGCGCUACAUGGUGGCCGAUGACACGAACUGUGUGGGGAGCUCACAGUGGCAGAAGUGCCGCCUCCUGCUCCGGAAAGCAGUGAAGGUGGAAGGAGAGAGGUUCCUCCUUGAGUUUUACGUCCCUCCAAAGGCUUCCAAACCCAAGGUGAGCAUCCCACUGUCAGCCAUCAUCGAGGUCCGCACUACCAUGCCGUUGGAGAUGCCCGACAAAGACAACACCUUUGUCCUAAAGGUGGAGAAUGGUGCCGAGUACAUCCUGGAGACCAUUGACUCCCUGCAGAAGCACUCCUGGGUGGCAGAUAUCCAGGACUGCAUCGACCCCGGGGACAGCGGGGACGACAUCGAGCUGGCGUCCUGUGCGCAGGGAGCCUGUCUGACGGGCAGGGUGUCCUCCUGCAGCUGUGAGUUCCUGGGUGAUGAUGUGCCCAGGCCACCAGACAGAUGUGCCCUGCCCGGUGCUCACAACACCGCCACAGCCGCUGCUGUCCCUGCACCCCACGGCCGGGGCAGGGACUCCCUGGGGGAGCUCCUCACCCACGUCCCACUGGAGAGCUUCCUGCAGACGCUGGAGUCCUCCCCUGCCACUGGCGGGCAACUCGCAGCGGAGGACAGUGAGGCAGAGGCAGAGAUCAACCUUUCCAGCUUCCCCUGGUUCCACGGGACCCUCUCACGGAUCAAGGCGGCUCAGCUGGUGCUCUUUGGGGGUGCCCGGAGCCACGGCUUGUUCGUCAUCCGGCAGAGCGAAACGCGGCCCGGGGAGUACGUGCUGACCUUCAACUUCCAGGGGAAAGCAAAGCACCUCCGCCUGUCACUGAAUGAGAGCGGGCAGUGCCACGUGCAGCACCUCUGGUUCCAGACCAUCUUCGACAUGCUGCGCCACUUCCACACGCACCCCAUCCCUCUCGAGUCAGGCGGUGCAGCCGAUAUCACCCUCCGCAGCUACGUCGUGGCCCAGAGCCCGCUGCCCGACACCGGCCCUCCGCCAGCCCUUGUGUCACAGCCACCGGGCUGCCGGGUCGACCUGCCACCCCCGCACUACUUCUGCAGCACAGCACCUGCCGGCCCACCAGCCCCACCACCUGCUGAGGGGGUGCCCAUGGCCCCCGCUGCCACCAUCCCUGCACCCUACCACCGCCUGGAAGGUGCCCUGGGCCCCCGGAGCCGCAGCGACAGCACUGAGCACCGGCCGGAGCCCCCCACCGCCAGUGCUGAGGACUACCACGAGGCUGAUGGUGCCCGGAGCCGGACCCGGGCAGUGGAAAACCAAUACUCCUUCUACUGAGUGCCCCCAUGCCCAGGGGCUGGAUGGCAGGGGGAUGCGGGGCACCCAUUCCCCUCACCCCUGCACCUGCCUCGCUGCCACCUCCUGCCACCACCAGCAACCCUGCCAGGACAUCCUUCUUGUUCCCUGCUGCUUUCAGGGGCUGUGUGAGUGGCAGUCAAUUUCUCAGCUGGACCCAGUGCCAGCCCCAAAGUUGGGGCAGCGCUGGGAGUUUGGGAGGUUGAAAGCAUCAGUGCCAUUUUGGAGCUUGCAGCCUCUUCCCUUUCCCUCUGGACCAAGAGCUCUCCUGGGGCCGAGCUGGCCUCCCUGUGUCUCCUCCCUGGGAAUGCCCCUCCUGGGAUGGCAGCACAUCCCCUCUGGGGUGAGAGCCCAGUGUGGCCAACAUCCCUUCUGGCACCAUUGCCCUGCAAACCAGCCGCGAGGCGCUCUGGCAUUUUGGGAUGACAGUGCAAGUGACAGAUCCCCAUGCAGAAGCUUUUCUCACACAUGUGGAUCCAUGCGCCUGAGACGGCACUGCUGCAGAGGCCUAGGGGUUUAUCCAGGCUGGCUUUCAGACUCCCUGUGGGACAAGUGUUUCCACCCUCUUCCAGGAGAGGGGUUUUUUCCAAAGCAUCUCAUUCGAGGAAGGUUUUUUCCUGCUGUCCUGCCAUUUCUGUUCCUUUGGUCUUUCUCUACUUGCUGUACCUACGGACAGUCCUUGGAUAAUACCUUUCUUCCUCCCUCUUUUCCUUGCUUUUUCAAAGCCUAAGCUGUCCACAAGGGCAUCAGCUCUGCCUUCUCUCUGCUGCAGCUAGGGGCUGUUUUCCGUUGCUCAAGGCAAACCUUGAAAAAUAUGACAACCACCCUGCUUUGCAUCAGUUGUUAAUCAUUUGGGAUGUCUCAGGGGGGUCAGACAGAGGCCAGGCAAGGGCUAUGUCAGGAGAGGAGGGGCAGCCUCGCCCUGCAGGUGCUCAGCUGGGCUCCCAGGAAUGAAAACACUACACAUCUUCAGUAGGUGCUAUUGAAGGUUUUGGGUUUUUUUUUUUUUUCCUUACAGAAAUAGAAAUGCCCAGGAAGAGCAAAAAGAAUGGGGCUGCUGCCAGGUGGGUGAACGGCUAGCCGACAUGGAGGGGGCCAGGGCAGGCUGACUGCAGUUGACAGGUGGGAUUGCCCUCACCGAUGGCUGAAGUCCCUCCCCAGCAGAUGUAAAACCCUGCCAGCGACAGCUGUACCAGCACUGCUGCCAGGAAGGACCAGGCACUGCAGCAGUCACCGCUUCGUGGUGACUUUCUGACUUUCUAAUAGAUCAGUGCAGCCACAUGCAUCUAUAGCAGGAAAAAGGAGCCCCCACCCAGAGGUGAGCUCUGGCAGAGUGUAGAGCAGAAACCCGUUGUGGCUAGGUAUGCACUAUGUUGUUGAUGCUUUUCCUACAGGUCACUGAAGCUCUUAGGGUGGUUUUUAGAGGUCAGGCUCCUUUCUGGGAAUGUGUGCCUUGUGUGGGGUGGGAGACCCUCUGUAAGAGCAGCUUUUCUUGCAGAAAAAGUGCUUGCACAUCCCUCUUGGUUUGUCUCACCCAGCUUGUCUUCCCCAUCACCAGGACUCCUGGCUCCUCAUGUGGCUGCCAGACCUGGGUGACAGUGCUAGCAGGACCUGAGUGAGGUGGCUUUGCUCUCUAGGUAGAGCAGACCCCACCAUACCCAGCUAGAAGUUACCACUUAGUGCAAAGGGAGGUAUGCCCCAAGACCCAACCUAGCUCAAAACCCCUUGAAUUUGCCUGGAGUUUUGGGUUGGGUCAAAUUAUUUUUUUUUUUAGGUGCCUUCUUUCCUGAGCUAGCAAAGCAUGUCCCCAGUGCUGGUGGCACUUGUCUCUCCCGCUUCAGAAGGGCAUAGAAGGGUUCUCAAAGGUUCCUUACCUGCUCCUGCAAUGUGAGAGUUGCCUUUCUGGCCCAUGGGUAUGUGAGAUGAGGGCUGCUGGAUCUCAUUCCUGUAGCAAAUCCACCUUGGCCCUUUUGAGGGCAGUGGGAGCAGUUUGCUCUCGCAGGGGUAUUUCUCCUUCCUUAGCACAGCUAAAACCCAGCUCGAAGGAGCCCAUGCAGCAGGGAGAGGCCAGAUGCUCUUGGCUGAUGGGUUUAACAUGGACCUUCUUCCUUCACACAAAAUGAGGGGGGACCUUCAGAUAUGGCACAGACAUUGCUCUUGUUCUUCACUGAGGUCCCAAUGGGCCAGGUGGUUGUGGAUGGGAGCACUGCCUUACAGACCUUCACAUGUUUUGAUGAUGGCUGAUUUUUCACCUUCUGUGUCACAGGAUAUAGGAAAAGGAGAGGGAAGCAAUGAUCUGCAAGCAAAAAUGUUAAUUUGUAAAUAGGGAAGAGUCUGGAAGAGUUUACUGUUCUGUAGAAUAAAUUAAUUUUAUUUAAAGAAAAAGGGACUUGUUAAACAAAUGGAGAACUAGAGUUCCAGUUUUAAAAUAAAAUCACUUGCAAAAUGGAUAGCACAUAAGCCUGGGGCUUUGCUGGAUUUGCUGCAUAGAAAACAAAGAAGUAGAGGGAGGAUGCUGUCCUGUCACAUGUGUGUAGACCUCAUUGCUAUCUCGAGGCAGUUAGGGCUGAGCUCAGCCUGCCUCUGACUGAUGGAGCUGGUCUAGUGCAUCAAGGAUGGAGAAGAGGGGUGUUUUUCAUGCUGUUGGGCAGAAGGAGAUGAGGAUGGGUUCAGGCUGUGCAGGGCAGAGUUUCCUCUCCUCCCAGUGUGUUACUUUCUUUGUCUGGUUUGUUGCUGGUGCAAGUUGGAAUGCCUCCAUCCCUGAAGCAGCACUGAUAGUAUUGACUCAGCAGCCCUGGGGAGUGAAGAUGUACCUCCCUUGCCAGAGGCCAGUGCGGGCAGCUCCUAGCAGCUGAGUUCCCUGUGGUGUGUCAUCCCCCCUCCUAUGCCUUUGCCUCUCCUGGGAGGCAGUGCCUCACACUCCACCCUUGCAUGUCUUUCCAGUGUGCUCUUUUCUGCUGAGAUUCCCCAUGAAAAACUGGUAUGUUGUCCCAGACUGUACUGUCACAGCUAAGCAGCGUGACAGACACGGCUUGCAGACACAGCUAACACAUGGCUUUUGGGGGGAUGGAGGGAGCUGCUCAGCUCUGUAAUCAGGCCAUGGUUGUGUCAUCACCCAUUCACAAAAACAUUCCCUCCCCAAAAGGCUCCAGAGCCUGUUCACCGGUCCUGGAGAGAUCAUCUGUCAGGAGCUGGGGAGGUGACAGCCCCUCCAUAUGGACGACUCCUUUGUUGACCACAAGGCAGGCAAUGAGGGCUGUGCCUGUGGGACAGUUGCUCCUCCUGCCUCAUCAUAAGCCAUUCACACCUCAGCAUAUUAGCAAAUUGACUAAUUAAGGCAUUAGUCUUGAUGGAAAACAUGCUUUCCCUUCACAGAGUUCCUGGAAGGGCAGGCGCAGGAUGCAACAAAGGCAGAGAUCUAGUGGUGAAACAAGGGGCAAGCAGGCUCAGUGUGUGGGCUGGGCUGGAUUGUGUGCCAGCAAUGCCCUCCGCCUGGGGAUGGAGCAGGACUGGUCUGCGGGGGUGCUGGUGCUGAGCUGCACCCUGGCAGUUACUAUGAAGAGGGCAAAAAUAUGAAGGGAUUUCAGCAGCAGAGUCUUCCGCGUUUCAUGCAGGUGUCUGAGCGGCCCGCAGCUGCUCCUGCCUGCCUGACAUGCAGGGUCUUUCUCAGGAAAGGCUCACAGUGCUUCCAGAAGGAUCCCUUUGGUAAGAAAACUCAUCAGAAUGGCAUUGCUCUGAAACACAAAUGAGCUGCUUUGAUGCAGCUCAGGAAGCUGGAUAUUUUGUGUGGUUUGCACUGAAAUGUGAAAACACUUCCCUGUUCUAAUGCAAAUCCCCUGUCCCAGUAAGCCCAGCUCUGCCCAUACCCCAGCCCAGCACUCUGAUUUCAUGGGCUUUGUAUUUUUUAAUGGCAUGCUGAAAUACUUCCUAUUUUUGUAUGACCCAAGUAAUAGUCUUGUUCCCCCCUCCCCAGACAGAUAUAUUUUAAAUGUAAUACAUGCAUAAUACAUCAA